AUGGUUCGGCCACCCGGUCAUCAGUGGCAACUAUCAGUCGGCUACUCGCUUGUCAGCGCCAUCGUCAAUGCAGUGGCAUUCACGUACCCGAAGCAGAGAGAGAGGAAGCUCGAGAACUAUUGUUAUUGGAACGGACUGAGUUGCAAAGACCCACGAGAAGUUACGUCGUAUUGCACGUCUCGAACAGCUGGAGAACGAGUCUACCGAGUAGAAGCUAGAGGGGUCCAAGCAGGAGAAUGUAGAGAUGAAUCACAGGAUAAGGCGAUGGAAAAGAAGAUCGCGAGGCUGAAUAAGGGUAACAAGAAGCGGUGCUCUAUCAAGCGUGUUCGGGUACAAUCAUCUAUGUUCGUGGGCAGUGAACUGGCGAGUAUGAACAGGCACAUGUAUUUACCAUAA